AAUAUCUAUUUUAAUUCACACAAACAUAAAGUUUUUUUUGUUUCUCAGGGGAUUUAUUGAUAAAAUAACUUAACAACUUGUAACUAUAAUCAAUGUUCAUUUUGUAAAAAAAUGGAUUUACUACUAUAAAUGUUAGAUAUACACACCUUAAUCGAUACGAUGCUUAGUUACCUAUUUAGGUAGCAUAAAGGAAAAACUCAAUCACUCUUCUUAGCUAGGUGUUAGUAUUUAUUUUAAAAAUGUCCACUGUAUGCCAUGAAAAUACUACUCAUAAAAAGGUAAAUUAUGUCAUUACAACACGAAGCGAAAAGACGAUCACGUUUCAAAAUCAAGUAUAGAAAGAAGUCUACUCCUCAAGUACCUUUAGUUAUUGUAGAACAAUGUGAUCUAGAAUCUACAUACACUAGUCAUAAUCAUAGUACAACAAAUUGUCAUCAUCACAGUUGUGAUCCUGAUUUGGAUUGUACAUCUUCACAAGACCCAUUGACACACUCAAGAUUAUGUCGAUCUGAAAGACAUUCAUUGAAUUACAUUCCUGAUCAUCAGAUAGACAACUUAACAAAUGUUUUACAUAAAUGGAAUUCUUGUUCUGAAGUUAAACAGAUCGACUUAUCGAAUGAAUUCGAUGUAAAUAUUCAGAAUGAUGUAGACAAUCUUGAAAAAUGUAAUUCUAACAAAGUAGUAUAUGAUUAUUCUCAUGGAGAAGAGUUUUCCAGAGUUUCACCAACAGAUGAACAAUUGAAUAUAUCAACUCAACUCAAUUAUUCAUCUGUUAGUUUGUAUUUAAGUAAAACAAUGCUUCAGAAUGCUUGUAAUUUUUGUCCAGCUACUAUUCAACGAUCCAAAAGGAUUGAAACUGUUAAACAACGUCAACCGAACAAUUCACUAGAAAGCAAAGAUCAUUCUAGAAAACCCAUAGCAUCUUCUAUUGAAGAUAAUAUUGGUAAUAGACUACAAUCAGUGUGUAGAUUGUUGGAAGACAAUAUUUUACACCAGAAUAUGGCGGUAUAUUCAUAUAUAGAUGGAGAAACUAUUGCAACUUCAUCUUCAUGUCAUUGUUUCUCUGUUAAACAAGAUGAUAACAGAAUUUUUACACUUCCAUCGAUUGAUAUGAGAACUAAUCUGACCAUUUCUAGUUCAUGUUCAUCGUUCAAUUCAUUAGGAGCAUUGAGUAGUCCACCGUCUUCACGCAUGAGUGAUACUAUUCUCAACGAUAACAAUACUACUAAUACUGAUAAUAACAAUAGUAAUGUUAAGCGUUAUAAUCGUAAAGUUAUUACGAGUAAUCCUUCAUCAUAUUUACAAUUGCCGAUAGUAACAUCUACAUUCGAUAGUAAUGCCAAUAAUCCAUUGAAAGUGAGUACUUAUAUAAAUACUGAGUAUGAUGUAAUUAAUGACUGUAGAAUAAAACCUGAGAAAUCACUGACUUCAACAACUACAACUGCAACAACAAAUAAAUCAAGAAUUAAGAGUCUUGGUGAUAUUUUCAAAUUUCCACGUCUAUCAGUCAGUAGUGAUUUGUAUCCUAAAAAAAGUUCUACUUAUCAAAACAUUAAUAAAAUUGAUACAGAUAAUAAUCAUUAUAAUACUUCAAAAUAUGAAUCACCAAUUACUACUAUUACUAAUGAUAGUAGUUUGAGACGGGAUCCAAAUUUUUUGACAGUACCAACUGAAACUUUUAUGCGAAAUACUUUUCAAGAAUGUAAUAAACAUGUGAGACAUUCAACGGAUUAUGUGUGCCAACGGCAACAACUACAUGAUCCAGAUGAAAAGCAACAACGAACUCAACGAGCUGUUUCAGUUGAUAUGAGUCAAGGAAAUCAUUCCCUCCUACAAUAUGAUUCAUCUAAGAUAAUAAAUAUGAAAUAUGCAAAUUGUAUACAAUCCUUAUAUUAUUCAGGAUACAAUAAAUCAAGUCAACAACCAUUGGUGAAUAGUAGUGAAUCGUUAAACGCCUCUACCGGUACACUGUUUUCUCAUGUAUCCUCAGUUAUGCCUAAUUGGACAAGAAAUGCAGUGCUUGGCGAGCAUUUAUGGAAUGAUACAACAUCUACUGAUACGUGUUACGUGGAAGAAUCUGAAUGCUGCAAAACUGGAGCUAAAAGAAAAUGUUCCGUUUGUCAGAUUGUCUGUCACGUGAAUUGUCUUUCAUUAGUUCCAGUGUCUUGUAGACCAACCUUUCGUGAAGCAUUCAUUCGUGACUAUCGUAUAGAGAAAACGAAUACAACGCAUCAUUGGAUUAAACGAAAGAAACAAGACAAUAAGUGUAAACACUGUGGUAAAUCUCUACAAUCCAUACUGGGAUUCUCCACAAAAGAAUAUAUGACAGUCCAGUGUACAUGGUGUAAAAUUGGUUAUCAUAAUAAACCAACAUGUUUUCAAGAAUCCUUUUUAUCAUCUGAACCGUGUUCAUUAGGACCGUAUUCUGAUUUAAUUGUUCCACCUGACUGGAUUAUAAAACUGUCUGAAGGAAAUAGCUUCAAAUCAUCUAUUCAUCGGUCCAAUAGCUUUGUUACAUCGUUAAGUUUAGCAAAUGGUCAUAUACAAACGCCACAGAUCCGUUCAUCUAUUUCACGACCAGAGAAAUUAGAUUGUUCAACACAUAUACCUACUAGUUUAUCUGAUCAGGUUUCAGUUACAACAAUAAAUGAAGACUGUCAAUCAGUGUCAAAUAAUCAAGUGAAUCAUUGUAUUGAACCGAAAAUCUCCUUUGUAAUUAAAUCGAAUCCAAUGAAUGCUGUUGGUCUUAAACCUUUAUUAGUUUUUCUUAAUCCAAAAUCGGGUGGAAAUCAAGCAACAGGAUUGUUGAAGAAAUUCCAAUGGUUAUUAAAUCCACGUCAAGUAUUCGAUUUAUCAAAAGGAGGACCAAAAUUAGGCUUGGAAUUGUUCAGUCGUGUUCCAAAUCUACGUAUUCUUGUAUGCGGUGGUGAUGGUACAGUUGGAUGGAUAUUUUCUACAAUUGAUUCUCUGGCCUUGAAUAUAGUUCCACCAGUUGCUGUGCUACCAUUAGGCACUGGGAAUGAUCUGGCUAGAGCAUUAAAUUGGGGUUCAGGUUAUGUUGAUGAAUCGGUCUCGAAAAUACUGUCUUCAGUUUAUGAAGGUCGAGUUAUUGCAUUGGAUAGAUGGCAGGUGAAUAGUGAAGUACGCACAGAUCUACCGACGGUACAACAAACGCCGGACACCGAGGAAGAAGGUGAUUCCAGUAAAAGCCGACCAAUAUGUGAUGCUCUACCACUGAAAGUAUUUAAUAACUAUUUCUCACUUGGUGCAGAUGCAGCAACAGCUCUUGAGUUCCAUGAGUCAAGAGAAGCUAAUCCUGAGAAAUUCAAUAGUCGUUUGAAAAAUAAACUUUUCUACGCUGGAUGUGGAGGUAAAGAUUUACUACUUCGAAGUUGGCGUGAUCUAUCUGAACAUAUCACUUUGACUUGUGAUGGUGAAGAUUUAACUCCGCUUAUCCGUAGUUUAAAACCACAUUGUCUAUUAUUCCUUAACAUUCCAAGAUAUGGAUCUGGUACAUUGCCAUGGGGUAAUCCUGAAGCAGAAUUUCAACCUCAAAGAAUUGAUGAUGGAUAUAUUGAAGUCAUUGGUCUAACUUCCACAACACUGGCAACUUUACAGAUUGGUGGUCAUGGUGAUCGAAUAUGUCAAUGCCGUCAUAUUCGACUUACAACAGACAAAGUUAUCCCGAUGCAAAUGGAUGGUGAACCGUGUCGACUGGUUCCAUCUACCAUAGAAGUGUUUUGUUCACACCAAGCUCUAGUUAUACAAAAGUUAACACGUUCACCUGGAUCUUCUGCAGCAAUAGAUGAAAAUCAGUUACGACUUAAAACCGGUGAAUAUGAAGCAAGAGUAAAUGUAUUUGUUAUCGCUUUCAAAGAUUAUCAAAUUAUAUCUGAUGAUGUAAUUGCUCUACGUCAGGCUGCUACGUUUUUCGGUGUUAUCAUGGCAAAAUAUGAUUUGGAUUUAUCAUCUGUACGAGAAAUUAUCAAUCAGUUGAAUAACUCUGAAGUUGAUUCUAAACUUGAACCUUUUGAAUCGACGACGCCUUAUCAUAUCAGUGGAGUACAUUUGUCUAACUCUUGGGUUUUCAUUGAUUGUAAGUUUUAGAUUAUAGAUUUAAAACAAAAAAGAAAUAGCUAUAUUUCAUUUGUAUUUUCCUUUUCAGUGAAUAGGUGUAAUGUUAUCUUUGAAAAAAAGCCUACUGAUUCAGCUGCCUAAUUCCAAGUGUAAAUCAAACCCUAUUGAUCAGUUUCAAACUGUAGUAAUGCAACUUCCUUCAUGUUUUGUUGAUUCAUCCUUAUUGAUAGGUGUUGAAAAGUUCGAGAACCAGUUAAAUAAUAAUCUUGUACCGAAUGAUAUCAGACAUUUAUUGUCAAACAUUUGGUUUCCUCCAUUCGACAUCUUAGCUCCGGAUAAGUUUUACACUAAUCGCACUAGCAUUCUGAUUGCAAUAGGAUUUCAAUUAGGUGGUUUCAGACUCACCGGCUCAAUUAUGAAUCAUUUCACAGUUUUAUAUGGAUAGUUGGGAAAAUAUGACUUUACAAACAUUUAGUCUCACACCAAACAUAUGGUGACGAUAUAUGGAUGACACAUUUACUGUGUUAAAAUCGGAACAUAUUGACAAUUUUCUCAUGCAUAUAAACUCAGUAGUAAACGCAAUCCAAUUCACUUAGGAGGUAGAAGAUGAACAAAGAGAAUUACCUAUGUUGGAUUGCAGAAUAAAACAAAGAACAGAUGGUGACUUGGAUACUACUAUCUACAGAAAACCAACAUAUUCCAACAGAUAUCUAGACUUCAAAUCACCCCAUCCAAUGUCAGUUAAGGCAGGAUUAUUCAAAUGUCUAAAUGAUAGAGCUAGAAAACUGACUAGUCAGAGCAAGAACCUAAACAAGGAAUUGAAACACGUAAAAGAAACGCUAAUAGUCAAUAAUUAUCCUCCUCAGCUUAUUAAGAAAUUCUUACAGACACACAAAAAACGAAAAAAUAACAGUCAGACGAGUGCGACUAAUAACGACAACAGGAGUAGAAAGGAGUUCACAGCCUCCAUUGUAUUACCCUAUAAGGAGGGUACCUUAGAAACUUUAAGUAGAAUCUUCAACACAGCUGGAAUUAGGGUGGUAUUUAAACCUACAAACUCACUCAGAGAUAAACUUUGUCGACUGGCUUGAGGAUCCGAUAGAACCAAUUAAGCAAAAUAAUCUAAUCUAUCAAAUUCCAUGAGAUGACUGUCAGUCAGGUCAAGUAUAUAGGUCAAACUAGUCUGUCGGGGUCAGUUAGAUUGGUGCAACAUAGGAACUUAGCCAAAUAUAAAAUAACAGACCUAAAUAAAAUCAACAAUCUAGAAAAUGCCCGGCUAUUGCUAUGCCUGCUUUGACACACAACCACACAAUAGGGUGGGAUAAAGCCACUGUCCAAUAUAAUUCGGUGGAGAUUGAGAGAGAUUGAUUACUUAACCUUUUUUCAUCUAAUCAACCCUCACACAUGUAAUAGAAAUGAAGCAACACCUAUACCAGAGAUAUGGAAACUUUUGCUACCAAUCAAAACAACUCAUAUAAGGUGGCAUAACUAUAAAAAUCAAAUGUCGAAAGUAGUGUGAUUACAUUGAUAUGAUUAUGAGCAUUAAUAAUUUAUGCUCGAAACGUCAUCUAGUAAAUGGUACUAGAUCACUGUGUGUUAUAAGUCAAAUAAACAAAUCUAAUAUGGAAUUAACAUUCUACCACAGUGCCCAAGUUUUACACCUAUAUUAAUUUCACAGUUUUACUCUACCGGACAACUGUUGCAGUAAACCUCUAUUUCAAUCAGGGGUAUAAGACUUAUUCUUCUUUAACACCUUAGCCUCUCAGUCAUCCUUAAAUUCAAGGGUCAGUCAGACAAGGUGAGGUUAUCUUAGGCGGUCUAGUUGACAAUAUUCAUUACCUAUAACAAUCCUAAAUAUCUACUCAGUAGUAGAUAUAUUGAUUUUAUCCAUUCCCCUAUUAGAAAAAGAAAUAAUUUUAUUACAAAUUAC